AUGCCCGAAAUCACGAACGGAACCACCUACAACUCAUCUCACGCCAAUGGCACCUCCAAACGCUCAAUUCCAUCCCGGCUUUACCAUACACAUUCACCUCCAGCGCUUUCAGAUUUCAAAGCAUUAUGCUCCCGCUCAGUAACACAAUCAGACUAUCCUCUCUCCAUCGCUGUUGAGUCCAACAUUCCUAUCUACGACCUAUCACGAUACUCCCCUUCUGAUGCCCAGACCACCACCCGCCUUCAAGAUGAAUGGUACCACAUCCUCCACUCUGGGCCCGGGGUUUUUGUUGUCCGCAGUCUCUCCCCAGACACCUCCCUCCUCUCAACCGUGAACAGCGUUUAUGCGUCCAUCAUCGCCUCCGAGAAGACAUCUACGAAAGGCGACCACUUCGCCAGCUCCGGCAAAAACGACAGAAUUUGGAACUCCUUCGGCAAGCACGGCCUCUUCGACCCGUCCUCCUUCCUCCAGUACUACUCCAAUCCCUGGCUGCCGCUGCUGUUCUCCGCAUGGCUCGGUCCAGCUUACCGCGUCACGGCGCAGGUCAACAUCGUCAAGCCCGGCGGCGCGCCGCAGGUCUCGCACCGCGACUUCCACCUCGGAUUCCAGACCACAGAAGACUGUGCGAGGUUUCCAAAGGCGAUGCAGCACGCGAGCCAGCUGCUGACGCUGCAGGGAGCGGUGGCCCACAGCGAUAUGCCGCUGGAGAGCGGGCCAACACGGUUUCUGCCGUUUAGCCAGACGUUCGAGGAGGGCUAUAUGGCGUAUCGGCUUCCGGAAUUCAAUGACUAUUUCUUGAAGUACUGGGUCUCGCUGCCGCUGCGGAUGGGCGACGGAGUGUUCUUCUCCCCUGGGCUGAUGCAUGCGGCGGGGGAGAAUCGGACGCAGGAUGUUGAGAGGAGUGCGAAUCUCUUGCAGAUUUCGAGCGCGUUUGGGAAGACGAUGGAGACGGUGGAUAGUGCGCCGCUUGUGGAAAAGUGCUGGGCAGGGCUAAGGGAGAUGUAUCGUGACGGGAAGAGUGAAGAGGUAGAGGCGUUCGUGGCAGCAGUGGCUGAGGGCUACCCGUUUCCAACGAACUUGGAUAGGAGACCGCCUGCGCCGGGCGGGAUGGCGCCCGAGAGCGAGCAGGAUAUCUUACGGAGAGGACUGAAGGAGGACUGGAGUACUGAGGAUGUGAUGGUUGCCUUGGCAAAAAUAAGGGAGGAUUCCAAGGUGUAA